AGGCACGGGAUUGGUCCGGAGGUGAUUUUCGUCAGCGAAGUCACUUUAUGUAAUUAUCAUUCAACAGCGCUUGUAUAAAAGAGGAAACAUGUUUUAAGAGCAGGCAGUAGAUUUUGGUUUAAACUGUCUGCAGAAAUGCCAACAUCUCCUGUGAAAACCCGGAUCCCCCUCACCAGCUUCGGGCAUCUCAUCACAGAGGUGAAGAAGCAGCUGUUUGGCAUCGAAGGACCCUCAUCUGUGCAUCUGACCGGUUGGAGGAAAUACUUCAAUAGCUACACACUGCAGGGCCGCAGAAAUUGUGUCUUGGCUACUUAUGGGGUUCUGGUUCUGACCGCUGCAGCUCACCUGAUGCACAGACAAAACAAAGAUGGAAGGCAGAUGUCUGCUUCCACGCACUGAAGCUCUGGUUCACUUAUUGUUAUUCUGUGAAGGAAAUGAGAUUCUGGAAGCUCUGUGCUGUUUACUGAGUGUUUUAUCAUGUCAAUAAAAGUUACACUCAUGCUUCUCUGGUUAUUGAAUUAUUGCAUUCAGGUUGAGCAGAACAAGAUUUAACUGUUUGCUUUCGUCAUUAUUUUCUCACAAGAUGCUCAUGUCCUGUGAUGAGUCUGGACUGGUUGUGUUUUCUCAGGCCAAUCACCAACCCUCCCUCUGAAAGGGUUUUGGAACAUUGUUGCAUAAAUAUGAGAUGUUGAGCAAAAAAGAAAGUGAUAGUAAGUUUGCUUUUUACUGAAGCUCAAUUUAUUCAUUUGCAGACUUGCAAGAACUAAUUAUUCCUAAAGUUUUAUGAAUUGUUAUGUGUGUGUUGUGACCUUUUUUAUUAUGAACAUAGUGCAACAUUUUGGUCAAGUCACUGGUCACUGACAUGAUGUGCAGGAAGUGAGAACAAUCACUGGCCUCAGAGUGAUUCUCAGGAGGAACUCGGCUACAAACUCAUUUCAAAAAAGAAGUGGGAACAGAAAGCAGUCACAUAUUUUAAACCACAGCCUUUAGUGUUUAUUUCACUUUUUUACAAAUAUUUUGACCUUGUUUACCUUCCAUUGGGUCAAAUGUUUAUACCCUGGGAAAAUCAGAACUGAAAACCCUAAAGGAAUUGUAAAAAACUCCAUUUAUUUUUGAGAAUUUCCUGCAGUCAAGUUGCUGCUACAAUGGCUUUGACUCACCAAGCUUGAUUUGAUUUUAUGUUUAAAAAAUGUGCAUUUCUAAACCAUAGAACCGUUUCCACGCACACAUAUAUGAAUACGGCUGCUGGAAGAUCACGUGAUUUAUAAGAAUCAGUCGCCGAGAAAGAGAAAGUGAAAGCAGCUGCUGCUGCAACACCUGAUGCCCUUCAUGACUCCGCCUUCAGAAACAUAGUAACCGAAAGGACAAGAUUUCAGUUGAAACUUCUCUACGCUCCGCUUGCAGCUGCCCAGAACUCACUGCUGUCAAUCACCUAUGUUUCACUGGAAGAUCACAGAAUACAUUCAUGCUCUGCCCUCCUAUCAGAACUUUGUGUUGAGCCCAGUUCACACUGAAGCUCCAUGGAGCCUCAGAGAGGACCUGGCUGCCGAUGAGCGAGUGGGAGAGAACCUAUGAUGGAGAGCCUGCUUGUGAAAACAGACGAAACCGGUGCAGUGGGCGGUCAGGAAGAGGAUUUUCCAUUCUAGGAUGGUCAGAGACAGCCUGGACAGAACGUCUGAUCAGAACCAAAAACCGGAGCCAGCAGCUGAGCCACAGAGUCCGAGACAGAACCCAGAGGAGUCCGAUCGACCCGAACCGACAGCAGAAAAACUUAACACAGAAAACAAGGACCCUGCAGGAUCAAAGCUAGACUUUCUGCUCUGGUGCAAGCUCAAAUUGGAGGAGGAGCCUGAGUCCUGGAGGCUGCCAGAGACUGGAGAAGAUGCUGACAGCUUGCCCACACACAUCCGUCCAUUCACCAGCUUUGCAGAGUAUCGUCUGGUCAAACUCACCUACCUACAGCUACAGGAAAGCGGUUUCUACUGGGGGCCCAUGACCAUGGAGGAAGCACACCAAAGACUCACUCACGCAGCUCUGGGAACUUUCCUUCUCAGGGACAGUGGCCAGCCCCAUGUUUUCUUCACUCUCAGCUACCAAAGCGAAGACGGCCCCACCAGCGUCCGUGUCCAGCUGAACAACCUGCUCUUCAGCCUGCAUGGCAGCCAAAAAACUUUCCCUUCGCUGUUCGCUCUGCUCGCCUUCUACACCAGCUCCCCCUGUAGGCUGACUGAGCCCUACCGCAGGCAGCGGCCUGAGCGCCUAAACCAGAUGUGCAGGAGAGCUCUGGUACGAACCUACGGUGCCGAAAGUAUAUGCACCUCACCUGGACUCAGCCCUGAUGUUAAGGCUUACGUCAGUGCGUACCCGUACUGUACAUAGACAAACCUGUGGAUGCCUUUUACUGCAUUUAAAUGUCAUUUAUUAAGUUAAAAACUGUGUAUUUGUUGUUUUUGUAUUUUGCUGGAGACAAUUUGGUACCACAUGUAAUGAGAAAACAGAUUGAAAGUGUUUUAUUCAUGACUUACAACAUUAUUGUAUGCUUGACAGUUCAAUCAUCUCCAUUUAAUCAGACUGUUCUUGUUAGUAAAAUUUAAAGGAAGUCAAAACAAGGCAGACAAAUCAUUUCAGACAUUUUUUACCUUUAAUAUGACAUCUAUCCUGUGCUUCACCAGAAGAAGAGAAAACCUCUGGCUAAGUCCAAACCUGAGUCUGAUUUACCCCUCAGAAGCCAACAAAUUUGGAGUUUCAUUUUCACAGCAGAACUUCACAGGUUAAAGGUCAUAUGGUGGAGAAGGUUGUCAAAUUGUUUAUAUUGUUCUCAUCGUUUUUGCAUCAUAAAAUCCAGACAUUUUAACAUGGAUGUGAAUCUUUAGCUGCGCUGUUUUGAAAUCCUGAGGCAAAUGAGUAAACUUUUAAUACAAGAUGUUUCAGGUAGCAUCCUGCCUAAAACGUCUUCAGGCAACAUGUUGCAAAACUGUACCUCAUCUUGCUAUUAUGUGGAGAAACUGAGACAUGCCAUUGCUGCAAGUGUCUUUAUAGUUAAUAACAUUUGAUCUGUGAACAAUAACGUCAUCUGUGGUAUGCUUUGUAUUUUAUUUCAGGAAAACAAGAACAUAAUUUUCAAAGCAUCUCAUGGUGAAUUACAUAAUUGCCAUGAGUAAGCGACAUGUUACAAAUUAAGAAAUGAAUAUCUUUUCUGUCUCAUGCAGCGUUUUCAUUCCGUCUCAUACAGAAUGGACAGAAAAAUGCUUCUCUCCAUUUUUGUGGACAUGAAUGCCUCAUUUGAAUUAAGGCAUUUUCAAAAACAUUACUUUGUUUUUUGGCCGUUUUAUUUUUCUGUUUUGAUCUGUUUAUCUUUCAGUGUUGAAUUUUGUUCCAGUCUGCAUUUGUUUUGUAUGUUAUCUUAUGCACAAAUCAAACAGUUAUGCACUGAACCCAAAGAUUGCACUUUGGUUGUUCUAGUUGGAGACAUUAGAUUUAGUUUUACUAAUGUGUGCAAUUUUAAAACUAAUUCAAAACUUGAA